CCAGCAGAUUACUCGUACAGUGAUCCUCUUGGACCGGCACCACCAAGACCACGAACUGGGAUUCGCCGACCAGACGGCGAAGUUACGGACACCUUUGAUGAUGAGCAGUUCGAUGAAUCUUUGCUACCCGAGUGAUGAAAGUAUGGGACAAAAGUGGGCACGAUGGCUUUCAGUUCUGUGCUGUUCACCGAACGAAUCAAAAAUUGAGAGUUUUCUCUAG